AUGGCGAACUGGUCUCCUACCAGCAAGGAGAUAGUUCAAUGCUAUGAGUCGAAGGGUGCUUCUACGAAGUGUGCCCGUUGCGCCGCCAUGAAAGGCGGUAAGGUGUGCGUUCCUGCCACCCGACAAACUCUCCUCGCCGCCCAGCGGCUUAAAGAAGUCAUGAAGGAGGCCGCUCACAAGGUCUCCAUCAAAGACUGGUGGGAUGCUGAGAAGGACGAGGUAGUCCUGGCGCAGACCGCGGCCAAAAAGGCCCUUCAGAAGAAGAAGGACCUCGUCAACAAUCCCGAAAAGCGCAAGCGGGAGGAGGAGAAGAGCGAGCUGCUCCUCCGGGAGCGCGAGGUCGCAGCGGCUGAGGACCUGGCGCGUCACACCAAGAGCCUCGUCCGUGCUCAGGAGCACAUCAACCGGUUCCUUCGGGACCAGCGUGCUGCCGAGACGGUGGCUCUUGACACCGCCCAGGCUCAACUGGUGGCCCUCCAGUCCAUCUCUGCGGCUCUGACCGCGCGCAACAAGAUGUACCAGAAAGUUCAUAUGGAACAACUCGCUGCGCCCUCCGAUGGGGAGGAGGAGGAGCAGGAUGUGGAGGAGGGUGGGGCUGCGGCCCAGGAUGACGAUGAGGAUGCUUAA